AUGUCAGUGGAAGAACGCACGAAGGGACGCACUGCCCAAAGCGGCAGCGUGGCCCCCAUGGAGAGUGACCUAGAGAGCAGAGUGAACCACUUCUACGAAGUGGUGCAGCAGGAAAUUUUAAAUUUCUUCACAGAGAAGAAAGACAAUAACCAGUACCUAAGUUACGCACGGAUACAACUGCUCAUACAAGACCUCAUGGACUACCUAAACCAUGGUGCAUUCUAUACCUUCACCAAAGUGUGCCAAGGAGGGGGCAACAACAUAUACUUCCAAGAGCCCAAGCUUUUCUCAUUUUCCGUGUUCCCACAGAAGCUAAGUCGAGGUAUUCUACAGCUCUGUCAGCAGUGCACAUUGCUUCACGCGGAAUUGUUCGAUAACAUCGUCUGUGAUAUGCCUUUUUUAUUAGGCCUGUUUGAAGGGAUAAAAAAUUAUGAUGAUUUUUGUGGCAGGCUGAUUGGGAUUUGUGAGAGGGUCUAUUUGAGUAGGGAGUGUCCAGGGCGAGACAUAAAAAACGACAUACGUUGCGUUAUUGGCAGGUCGGACUAUAUGUUGGAUAGCAGACAAGACGAACGAAACGGAAAAAGCGAAGAAAAUGGACCAAGCGGAAAAAACGAACCGAACUGCCAAGUGAAGCAAAUCGAAUACAACACCAUUUCGGUGGCAUUUGGGAACCUUUCAUCUGUGGUGUUCGAGGCGCACAAGAAUAUGCUGAGACAUGUUUACCGGGAGUGCUUCCCUCACGAGGGGCAACCACAAGGACAACAAGGUGGAGGAGGGGGACAGUCCAUAACCGACGUGGCCUCCAUCCUGGAGGGAAAGUUUAAAAAUGACUUCCUCGACGGGAUAGCCACGUGCUUGAAGCAAUGCCACGAAGCUUACCUGACCGAAAAACAACCUCUGCAAGGACAGAACAAAACAAUCAUCCUUUCCAUCCUACACAAUGAUGACCUGAACCGUUUCGAUAAAUAUAAAACCAAGUAUGGGUUAAAUAAAAUGGACAUAACGCUCAAGUUCCUAACCUUAAAGGAGUUAGAAUUUCUUUAUGAAAAAAAAAAAAUUUUUUUAAAUUAUCCUCAUGAGACGUUAGAAGAGACAUUAAAAAGGGUGAAGGAAAGUCCAGGCGACCUCCACAAGGGGAAGUUUUCCCCAGGGAAGCUCCUUCUCGAUUUGAAUACGGAAGAGUAUGAUCCAUGUAAGGGGCAAUGCUCCAAUUAUAGGCAGCACGUGUUUGAAGUCAGCGUGGUGUACUUCCGUUCACUGUACUCACCAGACCACUUUAAUGAGACCGUUUGGCACGUGAGGGAGUUAAUCGAAUUCAGUGACGCUGUAAAGAUACCUUCCCUGCCUUACCAGCUAGUGGGGUCCAAACGAAUACAAAUGAUCCUCCUGGAUGAGUCCAUCCUAAAACGCUACCUGUCUCUAGACUUAAACAAGACAAACAAAUCAGAAAAACAAAUACAACACGACAUGAAGCUCUUACAGAAAACAUUCGCCCUGCAGGUGGAUCCUUCACUUAGCCAAAAUGAGCAUAUCGUUUCGCAUGCCAUUAGGGAGGAGCACAAUUAUUUGCUUAAGCCGCAAAGGGAAGGAGGAAAAAACAACCUACACGGUAGAGACAUUAGGGAAAAGCUCAUGCUUUACUAUAAACCUGAAGAACGGGAUAAGCUCUCCUUUUAUGUCCUCAUGCAGAAGUUAUUUCCGACUCCAUUCACUGCGGUGCAUUGCAGGACGAGGCUGCGCCCAAGUGGGGAGGACGCUAGUAAUUCAUCCCAUACAGAGAAGGGACACGUUGGAGGAAAUAUCUCCUGCGUUCAAUGUGGCAGCAAAUCGCACGUCGUUGAAUUUUCCCCUGAACAAUCCAUCUCCGAAAUUAGCCUCUUUCACAAUUUUGUUUUUUGCAAAAAUGUGAACCUGCUGAAUGAACAGAAGGGGUACCUCAUACGGACGAAGAACGCCAGGGAGAACGAGGGGGGUGCCAUUUCGGGCAUCUCCAGUUUGGACUCCUUCUUCCUAGUGUGA